UGUCAUACGUCAUUACUACGCUCCCCUCACCCGGACAGACAUGGCGGCGUACAUGAUCACUUCAACCCUGCAAAGAGUUUUGCUUGUUGCUAAGCAUGCCUCUUUCCAGUCCAGAUGCUGCGUGGCGUCCAGUCGAGUCCAGUACUCCACUGUUUAUGAUUCCAAUGAGAAGACCUUUGAUAAGAUCCUCAUUGCAAACAGAGGAGAGAUCGCCUGCAGGGUGAUGAAAACAUGUAAGAAGAUGGGUAUCAAAACAGUGGCGGUGCACAGUGAUGUCGACGCCAGCGCGGUCCAUGUGAAGAUGGCUGACGAGGCAGUGUGUGUAGGCCCCGCCCCCACCAACAAGAGCUACCUCAACAUGGACGCCAUCAUGGACGCUAUCAGGAAGACUGGAUCCCAGGCCGUGCAUCCAGGCUACGGCUUUCUGUCUGAAAAUAAAGAGUUUGCCAAGAGGCUGGCUGCCGAAGACGUGGUGUUCAUAGGACCGGACACCCACGCCAUCCAUGCCAUGGGCGACAAGAUCGAGAGCAAGCUCCUUGCCAAGGCAGCCAAUGUCAACGUCAUCCCUGGCUUCGACGGGGUCGUCGAGAACGUGGAGGACGCUGUGAAGAUUGCAGGAGAGAUCGGCUACCCGGUGAUGAUCAAGGCCUCAGCAGGAGGAGGGGGGAAAGGCAUGAGGAUCGCCUGGAACGAUGAUGAGACCAGGGAAGGUUUUCGUUUGUCCUCACAGGAGGCUGCGUCUAGUUUCGGAGACGACCGUCUGCUGAUAGAGAAGUUUGUCGACAACCCCAGACACAUUGAGAUCCAGGUCCUGGCUGAUAAGCAUGGUAAUGCUCUGUGGCUGAACGAGAGGGAGUGUUCUAUCCAGAGGAGGAACCAGAAGGUGGUGGAGGAGGCUCCAAGUACGUUCCUGGACCCAGAGACACGUCGUGCGAUGGGGGAGCAAGCGGUACAGCUGGCUAAAGCAGUCCAGUACUCCUCUGCCGGGACCGUAGAGUUCUUGGUGGACUCCAACAAGAACUUCUACUUCCUGGAGAUGAACACUCGCCUUCAGGUGGAGCACCCAAUCACAGAGUGCAUCACUGGUCUGGACCUGGUGCAGCAGAUGAUCCGUGUGGCCAAGGGUUUCCCUCUGCUACACAAACAGGAAGACAUCCCCAUCAACGGCUGGGCUAUAGAGAGCAGAGUCUACGCUGAGGACCCCUACAAGUCCUUUGGCCUGCCCUCCAUUGGACGCCUGUCACAGUACCAGGAACCCAUCAACCUCCCAAAGGUGCGUGUGGACAGUGGCAUCCAAGAAGGAAGUGACAUCAGUAUCUACUAUGACCCAAUGAUCUCCAAGCUGGUGACCUAUGGCGACACGCGCGCUGAAGCCCUGCAGAGGAUGGAGGCGGCUCUGGAUAACUAUGUCAUCAGAGGUGUGACCCACAACAUCCCCCUGCUCAGAGAGAUUAUCACCCACCCUCGCUUCAUCUCUGGUGACAUCACCACUAACUUCCUACCAGAGGAAUACCCAGAGGGGUUCAAAGGUCACCAGCUGACCUCCGAGGGUCGCAGGGAGCUCGUCGCCACCGCAGCCGCUCUCUACGUCUCCGCACAGCUCCGCUCCCAGAGGUUCCUGGGUAAUCUCAGGGUGUCCACCACCCCCCAGGAGCAGAGGCAGUGGGAGCUGUGUGUGGAGUUGGAGAAGGGAAGCCACACGGUCGCUGUGUCACGCUCUGGAUCCACUUUCACUGUGGAGGUGGAUGGAGUUACAGUGGAGGUUAGUGGAGAGUGGAACCUGGCCUCAGCCCUGCUGCCUGUCACCAUCAACAGAACCCCCAGGGUUCUACAGUGUCUGUCUAGAGACGCAGGAGGAGACAUCACUCUACAGUACCUGGGCACACAGUUUAAGGUGCGUGUUCUCAGUCAGCUGGUAUCCACGCUGAGCGCUCACAUGCCUGAGAAGGUUCCAGAAGACACCAGCAGCAUCCUGCGUUCUCCCAUGCCUGGCUCCGUGGUGGCCGUGUCUGUCAAACCUGGAGACGUGGUGGCUGAAGGCCAGGAGAUCUGUGUGAUCGAGGCCAUGAAGAUGCAGAACAGCUUGAUUGCUGCUAAAGCUGCCAAGGUGAAGAGUGUCCACUGUAAAGCAGGAGAGACGGUUGGAGAGGGAGACCUUCUGGUCCAACUGGAGUAGGAUCUAACCUACGACCUCUAACCUCUGCCCUCCCACCUCUGACUUCGCUCGACCAGGGAUUGGCUUCGAAGUCCGGUUGAAGGAAUUCUGGGACAAAGGAAUGAACAGGAUACUAGUAGACUAGAUGGACCGUUCCCCAGUCUGUCCUUGUUGUUUUGUUCUGAUGUUUUGGUUUUCCUGUGGUACUAGUAGGCUACACUCUCCAGUAUUGGCUUCUGGGAUUCGCUCGUUCUAAGAAUUUUCCACUGAAAAAAACUGAAAAACAAGAUGGACACUGUGGACCUGUUUUAGUGCCUUCAACCUCUGAAAGGAGGAUUGUCCUUUUUAAAUAUGAUGAAUACUGUAUAUAUCACUUAGCUACAUGUCACUAAUCAUGUGUAAUGUACUUCCUCACUAGCCUGGUCUCAGAUCUGUUUGUGCCAUUUUGCCAGGACGUCUAGGACCAGGCUAGCGCCUCUCAUUUCAACGUAAUGAAACACUUGUGUAUCAGAGUUUAGAAACCUGGUUAUAGUAAAACGCUACUCUCUUAGGUGGAGUUACGUUUGCCUUUUUAAAGGGUAUGUCUCAACCCCAAUUUCAGCCUUUGUCCAACCCCUUGACAUUGUAAAGAAAAAAAUGCAUUCAGGUGAGAAGUUUUGGAUGGGGGGGGACUUGCUCAUAAAUAUUCCUUUUGGGGGCGGGUAAAUGUAGUUGUACCUGAUCCCAACACUCUCUCACUGGGGGGACUUGCUCAUAAAUAUUCAUUUUGGGGUGGGUAAAUGUAGUUGUACCUGAUCCCAACACUCUCUCACUGGGGGGGACUUGCUCAUAAAUAUUCAUUUUGGGGGUGGGUAAAUGUAGUUGUACCUGAUCCCAACACUCUCUCACUGGGGGGACUUGCUCAUAAAUAUUCAUUUUGGGGGUGGGGUAAAUGUAGUUGUACCUGAUCCCAACACUCUCUCACUGGGGGACUUGCUCAUAAAUAUUCAUUUUGGGGGUGGGGUAAAUGUAGUUGUACCUGAUCCCAACACUCUCUCACUGGGGGGACUUGCUCAUAAAUAUUCAUUUUGGGGGCGGGUAAAUGUAGUUGUACCUGAUCCCAACACUCUCUCACUGGGGGAGACUUGCUCAUAAAUAUUCAUUUUGGGGGUGGGUAAAUGUAGUUGUACCUGAUCCCAACACACUCUCACUGGGGGGGACUUGCUCAUAAAUAUUCAUUUUGGGGGUGGGGUAAAUGUAGUUGUACCUGAUCCCAACACUCUCACUGGGGGGGACUUGCUCAUAAAUAUUCAUUUUGGGGGUGGGGUAAAUGUAGUUGUACCUGAUCCCAACACUCUCACUGGGGGGGACUUGCUCAUAAAUAUUCAUUUUGGGGGUGGGGUAAAUGUAGUUGUACCUGAUCCCAACACUCUCUCACUGGGGGGGACUUGCUCAUAAAUAUUCAUUUUGGGGGUGGGUAAAUGUAGUUGUACCUGAUCCCAACACUCUCUCACUGAAGUAUACUUACCAGGAGUCCACUGACACGCUCUGAUAAUAAAAUGAUGUUCAUCGCGAGCAAAUGCGUCUCUGGAAAGUUAA